UUCUUUUUUUUUUUUCUUCCAUUUUCUUUCAGGCCAGCGGCCCCCCUUUCCUCCACCUCCACCUCCACCUCUUGCGAGUCGAUCAAGCAACACUCAUCGUCAUGGUGGACUGGCAACCCGAUCCGCAAAUCUACAUGCGGCUGCGCGAGCUGCUGACGGCGAGCCACUUGAAUCCAAACCAGCUGUCGGUGCGCCACGGCCUGGAGCAGCUCGUCCUGGUCCCGGACUGGAACAACUAUCUCGCGACCGUGUUUGCCAUCGACACGAGUGCCAACGAGCCAGACCGCACCCUCGCAGGGCUGAUGCUCAAGAACGACAUAACGGGGUUUAUUUUCAACUCGCUGCGUCCACCGCAAGAGCAAGACAGCACCGUCCUGCCCAUCUCCGAUGCCUGCCUGGCCUAUAUUAAGCGAACGUGCAUUUCCAUGCUUGCCGCCCCGUCAAAGCAAGCGCGCACCACCUUUGCGAUGAUUGCAUCGGCCAUUAUCGUGCACUCCGCGUCCCAUCUCGACGCUUGGCCCGAGCUCGCAUACGCCAUUCCCAGUGCUCUCGAAUCUGAAGACAUAAAUCUCCUUGAUGGCGCCAUUACUUGUAUCUCUGUAUUGACCGAGGAUGCAAUCUCGUUCGCCAAGACGGAGCUGCUCGCUACUCUCGAUGCACGCUUCGCGCUCAAGUUAAUGCAGCUCUUCCAAGUCCCAGUCUCGCAAAUUCAGUCCAGUUCCAUUCAAUGCAUCAAGAGCAUGAUUGCAGCCGAGACUUCCGUAGUAUCUCAACACACAGCGCUCUUGGUGCAGAGCAUUUUUGCCGCUGUUGGCUCCAUGUCCGAUCAAGUCAUCACUCUGCUUGUGUGCCAACUGCUGGUGGAGCUGAUUGAGAAGGAUUUUGCCGCCGUGGCUGCUACCGAGCACUUCCAAACUGUGAUCGAAUUCAUGCUACACUGCACCAUGCAACCGCAAGAAGCGAUUGCACUCGAGUCCUGCGAGUUUUGGAUUGCAGCCAUUGCCGAUCAUGCCGAUCGAAAUUCAGCCAUUUCAGCAACCGCGCGCCAGGCGUUCCGUCUCUACUUGCCCAGGCUGCUUCCUGCGCUGCUCUACCGAAUGGAGUAUUCAGCGCGAGAAUUGCAAGAGCUGGAGCGGGCCAUGGCAACUCCGGUCGCCGCCGAAUAUGGACAUUUCGUGCGACCACGCACGCACGAGGCUGCGCAUUCUGGUGCUAACAAUGCUGACGAUGAUGAUGACGAUGACGAUGACGACGGUGACGAUGACGACGAUGAAGAAUUCGGCGACAAGGACUGGACAUUGCGAAAAUGCGCCGCUUCCGCGCUUGAUCUGUUCGCACACCUCUUCUCGGGUACGCUUUGGGAGCAGCUUCUGCCUUUGCUGUACGACAUGCUGCGAUCACCCGAGUGGAAGCAGCGUGAAGUCGGCAUUCUCGCCUUGGGUGCGGUUGCGGAGGGAUGCCAAGGGAGCAUGCAAAAUGCCCUGCCGCAGCUGGUGCCUUUCCUGCUCGCGUCCUUGUCGGACCAACAGCCGCUGCUCAUUCGGUCGAUUAGCUGCUGGACGCUCAUGCGAUAUAGCUCGUGGGUGGCUGACAAUCACGCUGGCACUCCGGAAAACCCCAACAUUUUCUUUGAGGUUUUGCAAGGCUUUUUGCACUGUGUCAACACGACCGCCAGGCGGUUGCAGGAGACUGCUUGCAGUGCGCUUGCGGCCUUCGAGGACAACGCGGGAGACUUGCUGGUGCCUCACUUGGAAAUGAUUAUUUCAACGCUAGUCCAUGUGCUUCCUUCCUACGAGGGUCGGGCGCUUACCAUUCUAUACGAUGUCAUUGGCUCUCUCGCGGAAGCCGUUGGCAGCGAACUAAAUCAGCCGCAUCUGGCCGAAAUGCUCAUGCGUCCGCUCAUCCAUCGCUGGCAGACCGUUGAACCCAGCGCACUUGAGCAGUGGUCGUUGCCGCUACUAGAGUGCUUGGCUGCAACCUGCCGUGCACUUCAGACUGGCUUCAUUCCGUUCGCACCGAUGACACUGCAGAAAUGCGUCGUCAUCAUCCAGUCGGGUCUUCGCGUGCUGGCGGAGAUUCCGACGGAACAAUUCGAACAAGACGCGGUCAUUGCUGCGCUGGACAUGCUUUCGGCUCUGGCCGAGGGCCUGGACACGCAGUUUGAGAGCACGCUCUCGGAGGGAAUUCCUUUUGUUAUUCAGCUUUUGCCGCUUUGCCACGGUAGCUUCAACCCGGACAUUCAGCUUUCCGUCUUCUCGCUGAUUGGCGAUUUUGCACAAACGUGUUUCGGCCGCAUCCAGCCGUCCGCCGUGCCCCUGAUGCAGAUGCUGCGAGAGGGCUUGAACCCGCAGUAUCCGUCGACUUGCAACAAUGCUGCGUGGGCCAUUGGCGAGCUGGCGGUCAAACUUGAAGCCGACUUUGCACCGUUCGUUCCCACCAUUCUUCCAGUGCUGAUUAACAUUCUUGCUCAAAUCAAGUCGCCGCGCUCGCUCCCCGAGACUACCGCCUUGGCCAUUGGCCGCAUUGGCCUCGCCUGCCCCGAUCUCGUUGCCCCUCACCUGCACUUGUUUGCCGAGAAGUGGUGCACGAGCACGCGUGGUAUCAAGGACAAUAUGGAAAAGGACAGCGCCUUCCGAGGCAUGUACGCGCUCGUGUCUCGCAACCCGCACGCCAUCGUCCCUGCCUUUGCUUUCUUUUGUGAUGCCAUCGCGUCUUGGGACGAGGCCAACAUUCAACCUGAUCUCAAGCUGGCCUACUCACAGGCUCUCUUAACAUUUAAAUCUGGCUUUGGUGACGGAUGGCAGCAACUGUUUGCCCAAUUCCCGCCUGCACUCCGAGAGCGACUUGCUCUUCAAUGGGGACUUUAGUAUUCUGUGAUAGUACGACUCCUUCCGCUGCAAUUUGUUUGCCACGAAGGUUCAUUAUGCAAGGAUGCAAUGCGGUAGCACCAUUCUUUAUCCGGUUUUCUUGUUCUGUGUGCUUCUUGUUCGUGGUUUUCUUUAUGUCCUCCUUGUUGGGCCGUGCUCAACGUAGUAGCUGCGCCGCCCUGUCAUUUUCUGAAUAGAUGCUUUUUUUGUUAUUUUCUGAACAGU